AUGUCCGGAAGCGGGCUCACCCGAGAAGCUUUGCGUAAAUAUGAAGCUCACAUUGAACGUCGUGAGAGAAGAGCCAGAGCUGAGAAAGAAAGGGCUGAGAAAGAGAGGGCCGAGAAAGAGAGGACUGAGCAAGAGAGGGUAGUAGAGAACAGAGCUGCAGGAGAGAGAGCACCGGGAGAACGGGCUGCAUCUGCUGAUGCACCAGGGAAUGUCACUGCUGGGGAUAUUUCCUCGCCUCCCUUGCCCAGGCCUUAUCUACACUAUCUAGACACAGCCUUCAACCGGAUCGUGGCAUUCUUGCGAUGUCUCUGGAAACACAAAUGCCGUGUUCUCCGUUUAUUCGGUGUCUUGAUAAUUGCAAUUCUCAUCAAAUCUAUCCUCGACAUACCCAUUCCCUUUCCUGGCGGCACUAUCGGCGGUUUUAUUCUGGUAUUAUGGGAAACAAUGUGUCGCGACCCUGGUUCCGUACCUAGCGUACUUGCAUCAGUCGGAAAUCAAACUUGCCUCCGCGAUGGGCCGGUCUUUUCUGUCAGUGGCAAGGUUCUCAGAGACAUUGCCAAAGAACUAGACAAGAAAAUCGUUGAAGGGGUUGAACUGAGCUUCGACGAGACGUUGUUGGUGGAAGUCCGUCGGGCGGAUGAACGGCUUGCGACUGUCACCAGACGUAUUGCCGACCAUUCUUACGACGUUUGUCGACAUAUUUCUAGUCUCGAGAAACUCAUAUCCUCGGAGCCAUCAUGGCUAGCACCUGUUCUGCAGUCUCUUCACAUCCAAGAUUCGAAGGAAACGAUGAUACAGACUGAGGCGAGGAACUUCCUCUCUACCUUGGAUCAUGGCAUGUCAGCCCGUGCAAAUAUGACCAAAGAAACCAGCGCCGGUCACAAAUCUAUUCGAGAACUAAAGAAUGAGCUAUGUGAGGCACGCGACAAAGUGUUCAAGAUGAAGGAAGACAUAUUCUUGAAGAUAUCCGACUUGACAGAUACCAUCACAGCCCGGGAGAAGCUUCCCGCUUUAUUGCAAUAUGUUGCCCGUCCAUAUCAUGCUAACAACACCGAAGCUUUAAAAUCAGACAACACGACACAAUGGGAAAAGCUAGUAGCUGCGGAUGAUUUACGGAUUUAUCUUGCAUUCGGUUGCAGCGGGAGCCGCAUUUCCUGCUCUGAGUUGCAGAAGUUGGAGGAUGACUUCAAGAAGAAUAAGCUUUGGUACAACGAUGCAAAAUGGGAGGUACGGCGGACCCUUGAUGAAUUGAAUAAGGAUAAGAUUGACUUGAAGGUUGCCGGAGAGGAAUUGUCUGGGAUUAUGAAGAAGUAUGAUGGCGAGUUGAACAAAGCGUACUAUGGAAGAGCUUGA